AGUGUCAUUUUUGGACUUGGGCUAAACUUUGGCAUAUAUGUAGCGGUGCGGCGGCGGCGGCAGCUCCUAGCGGAUCUGUGACAUUUACGUUUAAAUGGCGGCCAGAAAGCACUGAAACAGGAGGCGGGAGGAUGUCUGUGGAGGUGGACUUGUUGCUGCAGGAGGCGAAGGAGAGCAUCGAGGCGGCCCAGAACUACCGCAGCGAGCUCCAGCAGCGCCUGCAUGGCCUCAACCAGGCCCGUAAACAGAUACGAGGCAGCUCAGGGCAGGCCCGCGAGGCCCUCAAGAGGCACUUCACAGAGCUGCAGACGGCAGCGAGUCGGUUGUUGUCGGAGCGGCUGGCCGGCCUGCUUGCCGAGGUCGACGUCAUCGAGGCCGACAGCAUCAAACCUCUGGACGACUGUCAGAGCCUCAUCGAGCACGGCGUGGGACAGGCUGACGAGCUGCUGAGAGAAGGAGAAGCUGCUCUGCGUUGUGGUCUUGGAGAGAAGGAAGACAAACUGGGCAGCUUUACAAAGAAAGCCAUGCACAUCCAAUUGGACAGUCUUCCUGAGGUUCCAGCUUUGGUGGACGUCCCGUGUGUGUCAGCCCAACUUGACGACUCCAUUCUCAGUCUACUCAGGGACAGAGUAUCCCGCCAUGGCUCCGUCUCUUCACAUCCACCCGUCCAGAUAGAGGAGCUGCAAGAGAGGCCGGGCAGCAUCUUGGUCCGCUGGUGCAAGGUGGAUGAGGACUUUGCUGCUGCUGAUUACCGGCUGCAGUACCGGCGGUCGGGCAGCGGGGGGAGCCAAUACGAGGAUGCCUACAUCGGUCGGGAUUGUGAGUUCUUGGUUCUCCACCUGGACCCUCACACAGAUUACUUGUUUCGGGUCUGCGCCCGUGGAGAGGGUCGCACCGAGUGGAGUCCCUGGAGCAUCCCACAGACGGGAUACACCACUCUGGCUCCACACGAGUGGCGUUCAGGGACUGAGGGCUACAUCCUCAGCAGCAGGAAAAACAUCGCCCUGCGCAACGACUCCUCUCAGAGCCGCUGCACCGUCCUUUAUUCCAACGCCCCCACCUACUUCUGUGGUCAGACGCUGACCUUUAAGAUCUCUGCAGCUGGUCAGUUUGAUCGGCUGGACAGCCUGGGGGUGUGCAUCGACACUCAGAGUGGGGAGGAGUCGCUGCAGAGAGACCAAGCAGUCUGCAUCUCCACCAACGGCGCUGUUUUCGUCAACGGUAAAGAGAUGACCAAUCAGCUUCCAGCCAUCACCAUGGGCUCCGCUGUGACCUUUGACAUGGAGGUGGUCAACCUGCUCCCCAUCAGCAACAACAACCUGAGUGAGGGCGGCCACUUCAAGCUGAGGGUCACCAUCGGCUCCGGGAACCGGGAGGUGGUCUUUGACUGGCUGGUGGACCAGGCAGUGGACUGCCUCUUCUUCGGCUGCUCCUUCGUCCACUCCGGCUGGAAAGUGCUCGUGUUUUAGGCAGAUGAACCGUCAGCUCAGCACAGUUACCUGUUACACUGCUGUUUCUCUUCCAACAAAGUGUUUACAGGAAAAACUUGGAAUAUUUCUCUCUUGACUGUUACCAUCAUGACAUCACGCAGCCUAAAGCCGCAGUCAUCCUGGACCGCUAAGAUAGACGUUGCUGUAAUGUUUCACAUGGAGAGCACUGUUUCUCCUUAGAAAAUCUGCUACUUACUUGAUUGAACAUAUAAAAUUUGAUCAAAGGUUUUGCUGUAGCAGCAGUUUAAACACAUUUCUAGAUGAGUUUUAAUGAUCCUGUUACACAGACCAUGUCUCAAGCUGUACGUUUUUAGUUACAGGGUCAAAAUAAUCUCAGCUCAGAAAUAUAUCCAAUUCUACACAUACAAACACUGUGAUGGGUUUUAGCAGUCAUAAUUAUGUCUAUUUUACUGUUCAGGGAACAAAAACAACUAUUAACCUAUCCACAAUAAACUGUGGAGAUUUUAUUCACUUUUAAUCUUAACCGGGUUAAAAACAAAACCAUGAUUAUGUAACCUGACAAAACAAAAGGAUUAAUUUGGGAAAAAGUGUGAUUUAUAUAUUGGAAUUUAGCUAAAAAUUCAAUUUAAGAUCAUCUGUUACAUUUGCAAGAUAGCUAGUCUGACUCGAAUCAUAGUGGGCCUAAUAUUGAACCCUGAGGGAUCCCAUAGUUAAAUGGAGCAAAAAUAAGUGGAAUUUUAUUCCCCCUUCAGCCCCAGUUGUUUUGUGGUUCUCACGGAGGCAGAAAGGUUUAUCCAGAUAAAUCUGGACUCUUUAUGAAGUUUAAGAUUUUAUUUUGUGACAUUGUUCACGUGGUCUUCUUUCGUUAAGUUCCAGAACCUUCUUACAAAGUUGAUUAUUUUCUUUAGCUUUCAACAUCUCCGUUGUAGUAAGAACACAUGAAACAGCUGGCCAAACUUGUCGUCAUUGAGUCAACUAAUCUGGCUCUUUCAGAGGGGUGUCAUAGUGGGCCUAAUAUGGAAUCCUGAGGGAUUUCAGAUUUAAUUAUACAUGAAAAUCUGGAUUAAGAAAUAUUCUUUUUAUUCUUUAUCCUCAGGAAAGAAAAUGAGAUUUGUCCUGAUAUGUCUGGCCUCAUCUUAAGGAAUAUUUUUCCAGUAACUCCAUGGGUUCCUUGCCUGUUUUAUUCCAGCAUCUUAUUACAAAGUUGGUUUACACAUUUUAGCAUUUUAUUUAGCAUAUGAAAAAACAGCAGAUGAAGAGGUCAUUUCUCUUGUAAGAGAAGCUAUCAUCAUGUAGCUUUUUCUGUUGGGACGAUGAGGUAUCUCAGAUUUGAUCAAACAAAAAUCUAGAAUUGAGUGCGUCUUUAAGCUUCAUUUAUUUGUACAUGUUAAAUGUGCUGAUUUUCUGUGAGGAAAUGAGGUCCAUCCUGAUGAGUCCAGACUCUGCACCUCGUUAGCCUUCAGAGGACUGAAAGCUAACGACUUCAGGGCCUUCUCACAGAGUGGAUUGUUGUUUACAACUUUGCCGUCGUCUCUAUGGAUGUUGCAGACUUUCUUUUAAGUCUAUAAAUCUAUGCAAUGUCUUAGUUUUGCCAUAGAAACAGUUUCACAGUUUGGGAGGAGGAACACAAAAAUUAAACUUGCAAGUAUUUUUGCUCGCUGUGAAUAUUACACUCACUCUUUGCUACCUAAAUGCAGCAGUUUCAUGCUAAAAAGGAAAUGCCAGACCAUGCUGUUUUUAUUACUGAACAGUCUGCUUUUAGAAACGUUAUUUUUGAAAUGUCUCAAAGCAUCUCCCUCGUUUCCUCGGGCAGAAGAAAGAGGUGCUUUGAAGAAAUCGAGACGAACAAAUAGACUUGUUUGCUUCAGUCUGUUCAGCUCGUUCACCUGUUUUCUUUAAGCCAAAAACAAUUAUAAUAAAAUGUCACUUGCUUUUUUUAUUGUAGCAUGGAGUUUAAAAUCAAAAAUGUUUUGUAUUAUCUUUGAUGUUUAAACUUGACUUCUUACAUUGUUUUAAUUUGUCUACAACAGACAUAUCUCUUUGAUCCUCUCAGAAUAAAUCUGUAAUAUUCUUAAAACCAAAAAACAUCCAUAAGUUAUAAACUUUGAUAACUUCUGGUCAUGUUUUUAUAGUGGCCAUUAAAGUAACAAAGCUUCCUGCAGUGACAAUCCUGACAGUAUUCACGUCUCUGAUGAGAAGAAAGCAGCAGGUUGGUUUUAUAACCUCUGCUUUAGCUCAUUCACCUACAUUUGAAUUUUUUCCUUUCAGUCUGCUUCAACUUUGACUGGUUUUGUUAGAACCUCAACGUUUAAAAAAAAAAUAAUCCUGUCUUCAGGUGAAUCUUAAACCUGUUUUUUUUUUUGUAACUUUAGGAAGUCUGUAAAACUUUAGGUCAUAGAAAAGAGUGGUGUAUUUUUUGUGUAGUUUUACUCACAUGCAGCAGUAUAAAUAAGGAUGCAGAUCAGAAGAUCCUGCACGCAUCUGGGACUGAUGCAGAAACCAUAGGAAGGUAUCAUUGUCGAAAGAAACGUGGGCUUUGUUCACUACAGACUUUUUCCAGUUGCCUAAUUUAUCUGUGGACAUUUUCUUCAUUCUCUUGGAUGACAAUUGGAGCCGGAUACGGGUUCAGUUGAUGGUACAAAUGACCUGAAAUCAACCAACAGAACCUCAGAAGAAAAAGCCUGUCCUUCUCUAUUGGAAGAGGGAUAAAACAGUGACAUCUGCUGGUCAAAACUGUCCAUUGAAUUCGUGUUCACACCACUGUUGGUUAAAUAAAGUCUUCCUCCUGACGAAGAAAACACUC